AUAACACAAUUUUCUGCCUCGUUUCCCUCCUUGCCUCCUCGCCUCGCCGGCGCUGCCAUGCGCCGCCGCGUCCUCCUCCGCCUCAGGCCACCGGCGCGGCGAUGCCUCUGCGCGGCGCUCUCGACCGCGGCCUCGACGACGGCGGCCGCGCCCAGCGCGUACCGCCUGCUGGCCCUCCUCCGCGGCUGCGUGGCCCCGCCGCACCUCCCGCUGGGCCUCCGCAUCCACGCGCGCGCCGUCACCUCGGGCCUCCUCGCGGCCGCCGACGGGCCGGCGGCCGCGCUCCAGACGCGCCUCAUCGGCAUGUACGUCCUCGCGCGGCGCUUCCGGGACGCCGUCGCGGUGUUCUCCUCGCUCCCGCGCGCCGCCGCCGCGUCGGCGCUCCCCUGGAACUGGCUCAUCCGCGGGCUCACCAUGGCCGGGCACCACCGCUUCGCCGUGCUCUUCUACGUCAAGAUGUGGGCCCACCCGUCCGCGCCGCGGCCGGACGGCCACACCCUCCCCUACGUCGUCAAGUCGUGCGCCGCGCUCGGCGCGCUCGCCCUCGGCCGCCUCGUGCACCGCACCGCGCGGGCGCUCGGGCUCGACCGCGACAUGUACGUCGGGAGCGCGCUCAUCAAGAUGUACGCGGACGCCGGCCUCCUCGGGGGCGCGCGCGAGGUGUUCGACGGAAUGGCCGAGCGGGACUGCGUCCUGUGGAACGUGAUGAUGGACGGGUACGUCAAGGGCGGCGACGUGGCCAGCGCGGUGGGGCUGUUCGGAGCCAUGAGGGCGUCCCGCUGCGACCCCAACUUCGCGACCCUGGCGUGCUUUCUGUCUGUGUGCGCCACGGAGGCUGACUUGCUCUCUGGGUUGCAGCUCCACACCCUGGCGGUGAAGUAUGGGCUAGAGCCAGAGGUCGCCGUGGCUAACACGUUGGUGUCAAUGUAUGCCAAAUGCCAGUGCUUGGAUGAUGCGUGGAGGCUGUUUGACCUGAUGCCACGAGACGAUUUGGUAACCUGGAACGGGAUGAUAUCUGGGUGCGUUCAGAACGGGCUUGUCGACGAUGCGUUGAGAUUGUUCUGUGACAUGCAGAAGAGUGGCCUUCAGCCUGAUUCAGUUACACUGGCGAGCUUGUUACCAGCUUUGACUGAUUUGAAUGGUUUCAAGCAGGGGAAGGAGAUACAUGGCUACAUUGUCAGGAACUGUGUGCAUUUGGAUGUCUUCUUGGUGAGUGCUUUGGUGGACAUAUAUUUCAAGUGCAGGGAUGUGAGGAUGGCACAGAAUGUCUUUGAUGCUACAAAGACCAUCGAUGUGGUUAUUGGUAGCACAAUGAUCUCGGGUUAUGUUCUUAAUGGGAUGAGUGAAGCGGCAGUGAAAAUGUUUCGGUACCUCUUGGAAGUGGGCAUCAAACCAAAUGCCGUCAUGGUAGCUAGCACGUUGCCAGCAUGUGCUUGCAUGGCUGCUAUGAAGCUUGGUCAGGAGCUCCAUGGGUAUGUUCUGAAAAAUGCAUAUGAAGGAAGGUGUUAUGUGGAGAGUGCAUUAAUGGACAUGUAUGCGAAAUGUGGUAGACUUGACCUUAGCCAUUAUAUCUUCUCUAAGAUGUCUGCUAAGGAUGAGGUGACAUGGAACUCGAUGAUUUCAAGCUUUGCACAGAAUGGGGAACCUGAAGAAGCUCUUGAGCUGUUUCGUCAAAUGAGUAUGGAAGGAGUGAAGUACAGCAAUGUGACUAUAUCUUCCAUCCUAUCAGCAUGUGCAGGCUUACCAGCUAUAUAUUAUGGAAAGGAGAUCCAUGGUAUCAUCAUAAAGGGUCCCAUAAGAGCAGAUGUGUUUGCUGAGAGUGCUCUCAUAGAUAUGUAUGGCAAAUGUGGGAACUUAGAAUUGGCUUUUCGUGUUUUUGAAUUCAUGCCUGAGAAGAAUGAAGUGACAUGGAAUAGUAUAAUCUCUGCCUACGGGGCUCAUGGCCUUGUUGAAGAGUCGGUGAGUUUAUUAUGCCGCAUGCAAGAGGAAGGAUUCAACGCAGACCAUGUAACAUUCCUUGCUUUGAUAUCUGCUUGUGCUCACGCUGGGCAGGUUCAAGAAGGACUCCGACUUUUUAAAUGCAUGACUGAGGAAUAUCAGAUUGCACCUCGAGUGGAACACUUAGCUUGCAUGGUUGACUUAUAUAGCCGGGCUGGGAAGUUGGAUAAAGCCAUGCAAUUUAUUGCUGACAUGCCUUUCAAGCCGGAUGCUGGCAUUUGGGGUGCUCUUCUCCACGCUUGCCGUGUGCAUCGCGAUGUUGAACUUGCAGAGAUUGCUUCUCAAGAACUAUUCAAGUUGGAUCCUCAUAAUUCAGGUUAUUAUGUGCUCAUGUCCAAUAUCAAUGCUGUUGCUGGACGGUGGGAUGGUGUCUCAAAAAUGAGAAGAUUGAUGAAGGAUAAGAAAGUUCAGAAGAUACCUGGUUACAGCUGGGUAGAUGUUAAUAAUACCAGCCAUUUAUUUGUUGCAGCAGACAAUAGCCAUCCUGACUCUGAAGAUAUUUACAUGUCUUUGAAGAGCCUUCUUCUAGAAUUAAAACAUGAAGGUUACGUUCCCAGGCCAGACAUAUGUUAUACCACGCAACCAGACAACACCACCCAGGUAAUGGCAAUUUGAUUGUGAUUUAUCCCAGUGGAAUCUGAUAUUCUAAUGGUAAUAAAAGGAGAAUUCGUUUUUGUACAAAUUGUUGCAUAGAGCAAAGCAAAGCUUCUAAUGCAGUACGAUUCCAUGUUUCCAUGUGAAGAAGUGGCGAGUUGACUUGCUUGUGCAUUAGCUGAACCCUAAACGCUCAGUUCGUAAUGCAAAAUUCAAAUGGCCAUGGAAUGUAUCUUGUCCAUCUUGGCCAUGUAUCACCUGUACAUAGGCGCGGUCUGAUCAGCAAAGUUUAUAUAAUUCUUUGAAGGGUCAAACUCUCAAUGCUGACAGUUUAUUCCUUGUACUGUGUUGACAGGCCUGUCAAAACCAUGAGAACACGCGAGAUUCAACAUUUUCACAGCAGCUUGGCAUGCUUAUGAAACAAGAUUGUGCAGCACAACAAGGUUAACAAUGAAAUGUGCGUGACCUGUUGAGUCAGUCGAUCAUUUUAACUGAUCUGAAGGGCUUUGGAUCUAGAACAGAGGACCCCUGGGUGGUAUGGCUUGGAGAUAUCCAAUAGAUCAUUUGGAAGCUUCUCGCGCCGUAUCUGCGCAAGACUCUGGGGAUUUCUUGUCGCGUCCAGCAUCCUAUCCAAGAACUGAACGAACCGGCGAUCCUCGUGAGCAACCUGUGGGUCUGAAAACCUAGCGAGGUUAUCUUGAUCCUGCACCAUUACCAGCAAAAAGCAUCGAUAAAUAGACGGACUCUCCAACCGAAGCAACAGACACAUUGGUACUAGCCAUCCUCCAGAAAUGCAAGUGCUGUUUACUUGUUCAGAGGUAUGCACAGGCUAGGUUUUUUUUUUCAUGGCUACGUCAUCGUUCAAAUUGAAACUGUAAAUAAAACACCGAGCAAUCUUGCAUUUAUUCGUGUAGACCAAGAAAACCUUCAGCCGUUAUACGUAAAAAAAAAAAUCAUGUUGAUUUGGCGGA